AUGGCUCCCACGAGAGAUAGAGACCCAGAGCCUCCGCACCUGAGCUUCCGCACCUUUGUGGACUCUCUUCGGGACGACAACGAUUUGGUGGAAGUGAACGACCCCGUCGAUCCGAACCUCGAGGCUGCAGCUAUUACUCGUCUCGUCUGUGAGACUAAUGACAAGGCACCGCUGUUCAAUAACGUCCUUGGGGCCAAGAAUGGCUUUUUCCGCAUUCUUGGCGCUCCUGCUUCUCUACGCCAGUCCAAAACGCAACGCUUUGGGCGCAUUGCGCGACACCUGGCCCUGUCUCCCGACUCCAGCGCUAGUGCCAUCAUGGAGAAGUUGCUCUCCGUCGGGUCGCAGGAGCUGGUUGAUCCUGUUACGGUCGAGUCGGGCCCUGUCAAGGAGAACAGCAUCGAAGGCGACGAUAUCGACUUAACGGCCAUCCCAGCUCCCAUGGUGCAUGAGACCGAUGGCGGCAAGUAUAUUGGCACCUACGGCGUGAACGUUCUCGCAACGCCCGAUGGUCAAUGGGUCAACUUGUCCAUCAACCGAGCCAUGAUCGUGGGUAAGCGCACCAUGACUGGUGCCUGCUAUCCGCCACAGCACAACUGGCAGAUCGUCAACAAGUGGCGGGAGAUCGGCCAGGACGCGCCGUGGGCGUUCGCGUUUGGUGUUCCCCCAGCAGCCGCCUUGGUGGCAGCCAUGCCCAUUCCAGACGGUGUCAGCGAAGCUGCCUAUGUCGGUGCCUUGAGCGGGGAACCUCUGAAGCUGGUCAAAUGCGACACUAACGAUCUCUAUGUCCCAGCCAACGCCGAGAUUGUCUUUGAGGGCACCAUUUCAAUCACGGAACAGGUCCCUGAGGGUCCUUAUAGCGAGAUGCAUGGGGUCAACUUUCCUGGAGACUCCCGCAUGAUGCCACUGUUCAAGGUCAACAAGAUCAGCUACCGCAAUAACGCUAUUCUCCCACUGUCGGCCACGGGCAGACUAACAGAUGAAACCCAAUCCUUGGGGGGUCUGCUCUCAGCCGCUGAAGUCUUGAAGCUCUGCCGGGUUGCCAGAUUACCAAUUUUGCAAGCUAGUUCGCCGCUCAUUUCUCAGUGCACCUGGGUCGCGCUUCAGGUUGAUGGAACCCGACUUCGGGCCAUGAAGGUCACUCCGAAGGAGUUAGCCGAUCUUGUCGCUAAUGUAGUGUUCGAGUCCAAGGCAGGGGUGCCAUUUCACCGUCUCCUACUGGUCGGCGAGGACAUCGACGUCCAUAACGAUGCUGACAUCAUGUGGGCGUUCUCUACGCGGUGCCGUCCCGGGCUAGACGAGUAUCCCUACGAAGAUGUCAAAGGCUUCGCACUCAUCCCUUAUAUGGCCCACGGGAACGGCAACCCUACUAAGGGCGGCAAGGUAGUCUGUGAUGCGCUAUUCCCUGUUGAAUACACCACGGGCAGAAACUGGAUCAACACCAGCUUUCGGCAAGGUUAUCCAAAACCACUGCAGGACAAGAUUUUGGCCUGCUGGGAGAAGAGAGGAUUUAGCCAGCUGGACUAG